UGCCACAAGGACUCCUUUUUUUUUUUUUUUUUUUUUUUUUUUUUUUUUUUUUGCUGAUACAGACUAAUCCCUGAGUCUUGUGAUUCAACAGACACAUUCCCAGUAUCCUUCCCCCCUUUACAUUUCCUGCACAGGUUUCACUGGCUGGACAGAUCUGCCGUGUCCUGUUUUCUUUCUUGCUGAACAAUGAGCCUACGAUUUCUGCUUAUCAUCUUAACUACCAAACUGGUACAAUUCACUGGUGGAAAUCCAGAACUGAAGAGUGAAUUUCAGUGGAUGCUUCCCCAUACAACCAGAUGAAAAGCAUUAUCCCUGCUUUUUCAGCACACUUUAACACUGAUGCUGGCCCUGCAAGUAGGCAGAUUUCAGACAUGGGCAUGGACAGACGGCAGAGAGCCUCAGCUGCACUCUCCCUCAGUUUUCUCUCAUUAAUCUUCUCUAUCACAGCAUUUAGCAGCAGUUACUGGUGUGAAGGGACAAGAAAAGUUGCAAAACCUUUCUGUACAGAUCAGGGGAAAGGGACUCACUGCAUCCGCUUCAAUAGCUCUGGUCUGAACAAUAGCAACACCGUUCAGUAUAUCUGGGAGACAGGCGAUGACAAGUUCAUUGACCGAAAGUUUCACGCUGGCAUCUGGUAUUCAUGUGAGGAGAUUAUUAAUGGGGAAGGUGAGAAAUGUAGAAGUUUUAUCAGUCUGACUCCACCUGCAGAUCGAGGUGUUUUGUGGCUGUCUAUUGUAGCGGAGUUACUCUAUAUAAUUUUGCUUCUAACUGGAGCCACUUUGAUGUCAGUAGAAGUGUGCUACUACACUACAGUCAUUGAUGGGUUAAAGCUCAACGCCUUUGCUGCGAUAUUCACUGUACUAGCAGGUCUUUUUGGCAUGGUCGCACACAUGAUGUACACUACUGUAUUUCAAAUGACCGUCAACCUUGGUCCAGAAGACUGGAGACCACAGAUGUGGGAUUAUGGCUGGUCCUAUUGCCUUGCAUGGGGUUCCUUCGCUUGCUGUAUGGCUGCCUCUGUCACCACCAUUAACCGAUAUACAAAAACUAUUUUGGAAUUCAAGCACAAACGAAAAAAGCUGGAGAGAAGUUUAAAGAAUAAAUGCAAGUUUCCAGAUCCUGGAGUUCCAGAGAAAGCUUGGAAUAUGUAUGUUAGCUCUUUUCAUAACACUACAGAGGACUUGGUGCAUCAAUUAAAGGACAUACAUAAUCCAGCCAGCAUUUCAAUGUUUGUAGAUUUAAACAAUAUCCCUGAGCCACACUGUGAAGAAUAUUGUUAA